GUCGACGCGCGCGCGUACACGCGCCUCGUGCUCCGCAUACGCGCCCAGUGCGAGGCGAGCAUGCGCCAACAGGCGCGCAUCGAGCGGAGCGGCAGCAGUAGCACAGACAGCAGCAACAGUGUCAGCGGCAGCCCCUCGCGGACGACCAGCCGCGCCGCGUCGCCGUCUCCAGUCUCGCGUCGCCACCGGGGCAGCGACGCGCAGACGCGCAGCUCGAACUCGUCGCGCGCGCUCGGCUCCGGUUCCGGUUCUGGUUCUGGGUCGCUCGCCGAUGGCUCGUUUCACAGCCCGCUGUACCGUGUGCGCCGCGCGCCGCUGCUCCGCGUGUUCGUGCCGUCUCCCGAGGGCGUGUGGCUCUCGGACAAGAGCGUCGAGGCGUGCGAGGCGGAGCUGCACCGGGCCGGCGUGGCGAAGCUGCUCAGAGCGGGCGAUGUCGUUUGGGACGCCGCGGUGGGCGACGAGGGCAACGUCGGCCGGCUCGUGUGGGACGGGAGUUACCUCGUAGAUCUGGACUACAAGUUCUCCCGCAUGGGCGAGCUCUCGCCGUACUUCCACAGUCUCGCCUUCUCGCCCUCGUACUUCCACCGCGUCAUCCGCCAGGGCCCGUCGACGGGCACCGGCGGCGGAAAUCCGAUCGUGUACGUCGACGUGAGCCCCUGGGGCCCCGAGAUUUCCACGAACAUGCAGCUCUUCCAGGACCGCGUGCAGACCGAGAUGCCCGACGGCACACUGCACAGCCUCGUGCGCUGGGUGCACCGCUCGCGGUUCACGAUUCUGCCCCCGCGGGGCGGCGCCGCUUCUUCGGGCAAGAACGCGCGCGAGUACCGCGUGCCGAUCCCGGGCGUGGAGGGCUUCGUGAUCGACCCGUCGUGGUACGGCUCUGUCGUGCUCGAGGCGGAGGGCACGAACGAGGGUCUCGCUGAUCUUCAGGGCCGCGCGUUUCCGUCUGAGAAGGCGAGGACGGGCAGGAGGGUGUGGAGGGUUGUGAGGGAGAGGAGUGUCCCUGGUGAAAUGUGGCUCCGCGCGGUCACGGACCAGGAAAGGGUGAUGUGAACGGGGUUCCGAAACCCAGGAAAACACGACGUGGACGCCUCUUUGCUUGCGCGCUAACAUGGCUUUGCGCUUGCUUUUUUAUUAUUCUCUUGCUAGAUUCAGACUGCAAUAUGUUAUUGAGCCUCAUUGCUUGUGCACUGCGUAAUAUCCUGCGCAUCGUGCGCAACCUCGCUAAACUUCUCCUUUC